CUGAAGUCUGACACAAAAAGCAAGGUAUUUUAAAAUUUCGUGAUAUUAUUUUCAUGGUCAAGAAAACGAUUGUACUAAUAAAGUAACUCGCAAAAUGUUCCGAUUAACUAGAAAUAUAUAUCCUACCGUAUCAAAGGCCCUUUUCAACCGGGCCACUCCAACAGAAAGUGGUAUUUUAAUACUUGUGCAAGGAUCGAAAAACUUUUCUUCUCUGGCCGAUAAUGAGAAAUUUUCAUUAAAACAUGAAGAAGUGGGCCGACCCCUUUAUUUUGAUGCCCAAGCAACAACUCCUAUGGACCCUAGAGUUCUUGAUGCAAUGCUGCCAUAUCUAGUCAACUACCAUGGCAACCCACACUCGCGAACGCACACUUACGGCUGGGAAAGUGAAGCUGCUGUAGAAAAGGCCAGAGAACAAGUUGCUAAUUUGAUUGGGGCCGAUCCCAAGGAAAUCAUUUUCACAUCAGGAGCUACUGAGUCUAACAAUAUAUCUGUGAAAGGUGUGGCCAGAUUCUAUGCACCCAGGAAGAAGCACAUUGUGACAACACAAAUUGAGCAUAAAUGUGUAUUGGACUCAUGCAGAGCACUGGAAGGAGAAGGAUUCAAAGUUACAUACUUGCCUGUUGGACCUAACGGAAUCAUCAACCUAGAAGAACUGGACAAAGCAAUGACACCAGAAACAAGUCUUGUUUCCAUCAUGGCAGUCAACAAUGAAAUAGGUGUGAAGCAGCCAAUAUCUGACAUUGGGGCCAUGUGCAAGAGCAAGAAAGUAUUUUUCCACACUGAUGCAGCCCAAGCUGUGGGUAAAAUAGAUCUGGAUGUCAACAAAAUGAAUAUUGAUUUGAUGUCAAUAUCUGGGCACAAAGUUUAUGGACCUAAAGGGGUUGGCGCAUUGUUCAUAAGGAGACGGCCAAGGGUGAGGGUGGAGCCCAUACAGAGCGGUGGAGGCCAGGAGAGGGGCAUGAGGAGUGGAACUGUACCAACACCUUUGGCAGUGGGUUUAGGUGCGGCGUGCGAGCUGGCUCAGCGUGAGAUGGCGUACGACCACGCCUGGGUCACCAAGCUCUCGCAGAGGUUCCUGGACCAGAUCUACUCCAGGCUAACACAUGUCAUCAGAAACGGAGACGAAAUCGAAACUUACCCUGGAUGCGUCAAUGUUUCUUUUGCUUAUGUUGAAGGUGAAUCUCUAUUAAUGGCUCUCAAGGACGUGGCGCUGUCCAGCGGCUCGGCGUGCACGUCGGCGUCGCUGGAGCCCUCCUACGUGCUGCGAGCCAUCGGCACUGAUGAGGACUUGGCCCACAGCUCCAUCAGAUUCGGAAUAGGCAGAUUCACGACCAUAGAGGAAGUAGAUUACACAGCUGAAAAGACAAUAAGGCAUGUGGAGAGACUUCGGGAGAUGAGCCCACUCUGGGAGAUGGUACAGGAAGGAGUGGACAUCAAGACCAUACAGUGGUCCCAACACUAAACCUCACCAAGACGUCCACAUCUUGAACCAGACCAAGUCAAAGAAGGCAUGUCUGACCAAGAUGUGUACACGAAGACAAAGAAGGCACGUCUAAGUUAACUGUUAUUUUUAAGAGAGAUACUGAAUAAAUAUAGUAUUGUAAUCUUUUUAUGAGUCUAUACUAGAAGAACUCUAUGAGCAAAGUACAUAAUUAUAAAAUGUU